AUGGCAGUGAAAAGGAGUAAGAAAUUACGUACAGAACCAGGCAAGUCAGUUUGUGCCGCCGAUAUUUUAAUAAAAACAACUAGUAACAAAAGUGUUCAAAAUAAGAAAUCCAAAAGAUUUGAAAACUAUCAGGAUAAUUUUAAUGAUAUAGAAAGCAGCAGGCAAGAUUGUGAGAUAAAUAUAUUAGAAGAAGUGACUACUGAAAGAGACAUAGAAGAAAAUGAGCUCGUAUUGGAUGACAAAAUAGGAUUUUUUUUAAAAAACACACCUGAACAUAUUGAAACUACCCAGAAGAUAGAUCAUGAAGUUAUAAAUAAUAAUAUGAUUUCCUUAAUAAAUUACACUACUCCUCUAUCACCAAAUGAUGUGCAUUUAUUAAGCAAAAAUCGAAAAGGUGACAAAGAGAACUUGCCAUUUAUAGUGAUAAAUGAUAAUGAUUUGCCACCAUGUUUGCAAUCAACAAAUCAAACAAAUGUUACAAUAACUUCCAAUGUAAAAUUAGACUGUAAGGAAAGAAAAACACAGAAAAACUUAAGGAUCCAAAUAGAUGCUGGCGCUAAAGUUAUUACGCAAUCAGCACUGAAAAUGAAAUUAUUUACAAGGGAUAAAAUAAAUAAAAUAAACAAUGAUUCAAGCGUAACGGACAAAAAUAAUAAAUACAUAAAUAUGCAAAAAGAAGAAAAUACAACACGAAAACGAAAAAGUAUGACUAGAACCACAUGCGUAAAGCGUGAAAAAAGGAGUAAAAUUAAUAAAAUCAAAACAAAAUCAAGGAAAACAACAUCUGUGAAUAAGAAGAAAUUUAAAAAAAAAAUUAGUGAAUCAAGCUCUGAAAUUUCCGACUUUCAAUUGAGUAUAGCAGAAUCAGAUGAUUCGGAAUAUGAAACAUUAAAUGACUACAUAAAAAUCUGUUUACAAGAUCAGUCGGAAAAAGAAAACUUGGAGCCGGACCCGAUCCCGUUUGGAAUCAGUGAUAUUGAGUAUUUCACAGGCAAUGUUGAUAAUAUAAACGAAGGUGACUGGCUCAUAGCUAAAUUUGCUACGAAAAAAAGCGUCGAGCACUUUGUUGGAUGGAUUUUAUUUAUUAGAAAUAAUAUCCCUACAAUAGAAUUUCUAAGGAAAGUUAAAAAUACUGCAAAUAGCAAAAGAUUAACCUUUACGUAUCCACCUGUCAAAGAUAUUUAUGAAAUGCUUCACGUAGAUGACGUUGUUCUCGUCUUACCGUUACCGUCUUACCUUAGAAGGGGCCAAGUUAUGUUCGAAGUUGAUUUUUCUAGUUAUAAUAUACAAUAA